GUGAAUAAAUAUACAGCAUUGCAGUCUCUCGGAGAAAGUGGAACACAUGCAAACAAAUCACAAGCUGAGACAUUGAAAAGGACAAAAGCACUUCAGCAGAAUGUGUUGGGCUAACUUUCUGGUGUUUGUUUGGAUCCAGUAUGCUGUACGCUCUGCAAGCAGUGAUCUGGAUGAAAAUAUGAUGGAUUAUCAAGCCUCAUCUGGUUCUGGAGACAGUUCCUCUGAUCUGGAUGAAAAUAUGAUGGAUUAUCAAGCCUUAUCUGGUUCUGGUGACAGUUCCUCUGACGAUGCAGAUUUGGCUUCCACGUGCGGUCUUCAUGCACAAUAUUUCCGAGCAAACGGAAGUCACUACUGUAUGUGUGAGGAAGGGUAUGUCUCGACUUCAGGAGAGCUCAUCUUUCAAAGUUCGACAGAGUGCAGAAGUAAUGUUUCAAAAGUCUUAGAGGAAACUAGAAACCUGAGUACGUUUAUUCUUCAACUGCACCAACAAGAUUUGCAGAAGUUAUCUGUAAUGGAAAUUACUAAUCUCACAGAGAGAACCAUCAGCAAGCUGCAUUGGGAGAGCUUGGAGGCUGACAGCAAACACAGUCUAGCCUCGAAGCUGCUGCAGACUAUGUCCAGUUCAAUGAUGGCUGCUGCCUUGAGCAAACCUGAUGGGACAUUGACAGCAUCAACCAAAUCUUUGGGUCUCAAGAUACAUAUUCACCGUGGAGACAUUUCAGCAAAUGAAAAGCUGAUGUUAAAUGUGAGGGGCAACACCAUGGAACUUGACUGGAGAGCAGCAAUUGGACAAAAUAAUUCAGGCGUCGCUGCUGUUGGUUUCUUUGCCUACAGUAACUUGGACUCCAUUCUGGAUGGGGAUUUUGUGGAUGAAGAAGAUGGGAAAAGGGAAAAGCUAGGUGGGAGCUUCCAACUGAACUCUGAUGUGGUGACAGUGACCACGGCAAAUGGGCAGGAAACCGAAUUGAGCGAGCCCAUCAACUUCACCUUGAGACACAACCAGGAAAUAACAUCGGAAAGAAUUCCAGUUUGUGUCCAUUGGGGAAAUUCGAAGGCAGUAAGCUUCUGGUCUACAAGAGGCUGUAGGUUGCUCAGUUUCUCUGGAAACCACACAGCCUGUGGAUGUUUGCGCCUGGCCAGCUUUGCAGUUCUGAUGGCUCCUGCUAAAAUGGAGGAUGAAUUCGUGCAGGAUGAAUUUAUCCUUCACCUGAUCACACUUGUUGGAGUCAGCCUGUCGCUCGUCUGUCUCGCAGUUUCCAUUGUCACGUUUGGUUUGAGCCGUUCGAUUCAGAGCGAGACCAGGAUCAUUCAUCUGAACCUGUCCAUGAGUCUCUUCCUGGCACAGUUACUGUUCGUGACGGGGAUCUCCAGAACAGGUAACAAGAUGGUGUGCGCUAUAAUAGCAGGGAGCUUGCAUUACCUCUUCCUGGCGGCAUUUGCCUGGAUGUUUUUGGAAGGACUGCACCUUAUUCUCAUGAUGAGAGAUCUGCGGAAGGUGAAAAUCUCUCGAAAAACAGUUAUCAAGAGCAUACAUCUGUACGUGAUCGGUUACGUGCUACCUGCUGUUGUUCUUGGGAUUUCAGUAGCCAUCAAUCGCAACGGUUUUGGAACGUCACAAUACUGUUGGCUACAAUUAGAGAAGGGAUUUAUCUGGAGUUUCCUGGGACCUGUUUGUUUCAUCAUUAUAGUUAAUACCAUCCUUCUCAUUUCUAUACUGCUGAUACUGCAGAAACAACUCUCUGGUCUUAACACUGAAGUGUCGAAGAUUAAAAACAAACGGACAAUGACAUUUAAAGUCUUUGCACAGGUGUUUGUUCUGGGAUGUGCCUGGAUCCUUGGCUUGUUUCAUUUUGGGAAAGGAACUCUGGUGAUGGCCUAUUUAUUCACCAUCGUCAACAGUUUCCAGGGCACCUUCAUCUUCAUCAUUCUCUGUGUUUUGAAUAAACAGGUGAGGAAAGAAUACCUUCAGUGCUUCAGUGGAGUGAGGAAGACAAGUUUAUGGUCGGAAACAGCGAGUGCAGGUGUGGUGACAGCAACACAGAGAGAGAUGAGCACUGUGGAAUCAAAAGUGUAAGGGCCUGAUCCAAUCUGGAGUAUCACAAUACGCGAUUGUGCAGAUAACACAGCUCUAAUUUCCUGUGAUUGCACCGAUAAGGGGGAACUUGUCAAUUAUUUCAGCAGAUAUCUACAUGAGCAGACAUCGCUUUCACAGGGUAUGUGUCAAGGCCCAAUGCAACAUGGCUGUAGAAGUGGUUGGAAGGGGGGGAGGGGGGGUUGGCAGAAACAAUAACCGCACUGUCAGUCUUUUUCAGGGAAGCAGAGAAAGGCUUUCAUUCAGCACACUGAGCCUCCUCCAUCGCUCAUGAACUGAUCUGUAUCUUAACUCCUUCCACCGAACAUGUAACCUUUUGCACUGUUGGCCAGUAAAAAAACAUGUUGCUGUCACAUUUAGAGUACUGAAUUGAAUUGGCACGUUACUUUCUGUGGGGGAGGGUUUCACAUUUUCCAUUGCCUCUUUUUGAGAAAUCGUGUGGUUUCUAAUAUUUCUAAUACUCUUCUAAAUGAGCAUCCUCUAUUUUUAAACCUCUGACCCUUUGUCUGAGGCUCCCCUCCACCAGCUACCUCUCCACUAGCCCAUGAAAUCGUCUCAGAAAUCUAAAAUCUCAGUUAAAUCACACCUAUCGGGUAUCGGGGAGGUGAUGGCCUAAUGAUACUCAUAGAAUCAUCGAAUCCCUACAGUGUGGAAACAGACCAUUUUGGUCCAACAAGUCAACACCAACUCUCCAAAGAGUAACCCACCCAGACCCAUUCCCCUGUUACUCCACAUUUACCCCUGACUAAUGCACCUGACCUACACAUCCCUGAACACUAUUAGCAAUUUAGCACAGCCAAUUCACCUAACCUGCACGUCUUUCACUAUUAAUCCAGGAAACUCAGUUAGUGUUCCAGUAACCCGGGUUCAAAUCCCUCAUGGCAGCCAGUGGAAUUUAAAUUUUAUAACAAGAAGAACUAAGAAUCUACUGAUGACGAUGAAACCGUUGUCAAUUCUCAGAAAAACCCACCUGAUCCAUUAAUGCCCCUUCAGGGAGGGAAAUCAGCCAUCCUUACCCAGUUUGAGACAAAAA